AUGGCUUCUGCUUCGCAGCUGCCCGCCUGCUUGUCGAAGCUUCCGUCCCCUCAGCUGGAGGCCGUGCACGAGGCAUUGUUGGAGCUGCUCGGAUAUGGGCUGAGUGAAGUGACGGAUGUUGACGAACUGGCCAAGCGCGUGAAGGCCAAGCUACAUGCUGCCGACAGCCGGCGGGCUGUUUCUGAGGAGCAUCCGUCGGAGUAUGCCUCCAUGUGCCGCUGGGCCUGGACGCCCAAGCGCUGGCACGAGAGCCGAGCAGCCACAGGAGCGCCGGCUGGCGCUCCCAGCGCGGAACUAG